AUGCUCACUCGUGUUUAUCAUCGAUCGACGGGGCAACGACGCGAGCACGGCGCGUCUCCUCCAAGUCCCACCUUCGCAGAUCGCAGAUCGCAUCUCGAACUUCACCAAGACAACACUAUGGCGUCCAACAAGCAGACAACAAACGCGCUGCUCACUGAACACUUCCGAUAUACUCCUCUGACACUGCUAGACGACAUAAUCAACACCGUCAACGAGCUCGUGUUUCGAGCCGUCAAUGCGAUAGAAGAAGGCUUCGGCGGAACGACAGCACAGCAACUUGGCUUCCAGCUCGACGAGGAGACCGCCGUAUCACUACCGAACGACGAGGCGAGACGAGAGAGGCUUGCAGAGCUCAAGCAGAAUGAGGUCGACAAUGGCAUUGUGAAGCUGGAAAGCCUUCUGAACGCGACCGUCGACAAGGACUUUGACAAAUUUGAGAUUUACACCUUGAGGAACAUACUUGCGGUCGGUCAUGCUGAGGAAGAUUUGGCGAAUUGGGUCCGGCUGGACCAUUACAAGGGUGUCGAUGUCGUGAAUGCGGAUGAGGUCCCUACACCACAGCAGGUGCAGCUACAGCGGCGGAAACUUCACGAAACAGCAAAACUGAAUACCAUGCUCAAGGCGGAAGAGGCGCGGAACGCUGCGAUUCUCUCCCAGCUAAGCAGACUGAUCGGCGCAGAACCGAAGCAGGAAGGCGAAGAGAGUGAGAACAAGGCGCCGUUCGCAUUCCUCAAGUCCUCAGAAGCAACAGCACAGGCGCAGAACUUGGCACAGGAUACCCAGGAGACACUCAAGCAGAUCCCAGCGCUGCAGCAACUUCUCGAGAAACUCAAGGACGCCAUGCAGAACAAUUCAAACCCACGCCAGGCCAGAUUCGACGACUCCGACUCGAUGGAUGGCAGGCGUAGGCAGUACCUCAAUGCGCAGACCAGGCGAGCUUUGGAGAGAAAAGGCAUCGACCCUGAAUCUGGUGCUGGGUCGUCACUUACUGCCGGGCGAAGAAUGGGUCGCGAAGAGCUAGAAGGCAUUGAAAGUGUUGCGCAGGCAUUAGGUGGCGCGCAGAAUGCGCGAUCACGAUCGAGAUGA